AUGAAAGUAUUACAUACACGAAAACCUGAGAUAUAUAAGGAAAAGAAAUGUCCCUUUUGUAAUAUUUAUGAUGAAACCAAUACACAUGUAUUUAUGUGCAAGGACACUCCAAAUACUUUAAGAAAUACUUUUUGUUAUAUUAUUAAAAAAGUAUUCACACAAGAAACAGAAAAGAAAACUAAUUUAGAUAUGUUAAAGAAAGUACGCAAUAGUCACUUUCUCCAAGUAGAUAUUAGAAGACAA